AUGAGGGCAACCGAUUCCGAACAGACAACAUUGAAACACCUCUUAAAGGAAGAUGAGCAGCAUUGGGUGUUAGUUCCUGCUAAGAACGGUCUUCCAGAGUAUUAUGAAUACACGCGGCCUGUUGAAAAAAAUUCUCUCAAUGACCGCGAAUAUCGCAUUAUCCGUCUAGCCAAUCACCUUGAAGCAACGAUCGUUAGCGACAAGCACGCGGACAGGUCCGCCGCUUGCAUGGAUGUUUCAACUGGAUAUUUCCAUGAUCCGGAUGACAUGCCAGGCACUGCCCAUUUUUGUGAGCAUUUGAUGUUCAUGGGUUCGAAGAGAUAUGAGCAAGAAAAUGGGUAUCAGCAGUACCUCGACUUGAACAGUGGCGACGGCAACGCCUGGACUGCUGGUAGCUAUACCGCCUUUUACUUUACAGUUGCCUCGGAUGCACUUGAAGGUGCACUCGAUCAUUUUUCUGCAUUCUUCUAUUGUCCACUCUUUCAUAAAGAUUCGGCACUGCAUGAGGUUCGGGUAGUUAACGAUGAGUAUUCGAAUGCCCUUCAGAAAGAUGCGUGGAGGUUACAGUACCUCGAAAAAUGCCUUGCUCACCCAGGCCAUCCUUUGCGGAAAUUCAAUCAUGGCAGUAGGGCAACAAUAUUGGGAAAACGCUUCACAGACAUUGAGAGAUCUUUGGACGGCGAACUUGACAGAGCCAGAAAGCGAGCACUUUCGGUUACUAAGGAUGAGCACGGAUCCCGAGGUAGGACUGCAAGCAAAUCCUCUGUGAACAGCGCUAGGAGUUCCAAAAAGGUACCCAAGAAAUCGUUGACAGAGGAUAACCAUCAUAAUGAUGCAUCAAGGAGCGGAAGCUCAACGCGGAGAUCACAUGCAUCAGUGCAAACGAAUUCAGAGGCAAGACAUACUGGUGGAAGCAGAGCACCAUCCAGGACUCCGAGUAGGACACCCUCCCAGAACUCUCAGAGUGAUAGGAAGGCCGAAAAGGAUGCUGUGGCAACAAUAUCGGUAUUAUCGGACGCUUUGGAAAGAGCAGCGUACGCAGCUGUUUUGGAGGCAAGGAAGAAAUUGAUUAAAUGGUGGGAAAGGGAGUAUUGUGCAAGUAGGAUGAGCUUAUCAGUGGUUGGAAAAGAAUCUCUUGACAAGCUCACUCAUAUGGUCUUGAAGCGAUUCAACCAAAUCGAAAACAAGGGCCAAGACCCUGCUCCGUUCAAGUCCUUGGAGCGCCCAUAUGGGAAGCACGAGCUAGGUAAAAUCAUCUAUGCUAAGACAAUCAUAGAAACGUACGACAUUACUAUUGCCUUCCCUAUCCACUGGCAGGACCCUCUUUGGCGUGAAAGUCCAACUUAUUUUAUUGCUUAUUUACUUGGACAUGAAGGUCCAGGUUCACUGCAUUCCUAUUUGAAAAACAAGGGAUGGCUUCAAGGAUUAUCUGCUGUAUGUUACGAUCCCGAUCGAGGGAUGAAAAACCAUCGAGAAGUCAUCUUAACUUGCUUCAAGUUCAUCAACUUAAUACGCAAAUCCAAGUUCCCGGAAUGGAUGUACAAGGAACUGAAGGCAAUCCAAGAACUAUCAUUCCGUUUCAAGGAUAAAGAUCCUGCACUUCCUCAUGCAGUCAGUAUUGCUACUGAAUCGAUGAAGCUUCCAAUUCCGCGUGCGCAUCUUCUGAAUGGUCCUGUCCUUUUCUGGGAGUGGAACGAGAAGAUUGUACGUGAUACACUGAAGGAACUAGACAUUGAGAAUUGUUAUAUUAUUGUAGCUGCUAACGAGCACAAUAAUAUUCAUGAGGAAACAUGGCACAAGGAACAAUGGUGUGGAGCAGAGUAUGUCAAGAAACAGCUUGAAUCUAGGUUUAUUUCUGAGGCUCGCAAAGAUAACGACAUUCCCGGACUUACUUUACCAGAACCAAACCCAUUUCUUCCAGAGAACUUCGAUGUCCACAGGGUACACGUUUCUGAACCAAAGAAACGACCCGCACUUCUCGAGCGCACAUCGCUGGUGGAAUUAUGGCACAAAAAGGACGACCAAUUUUGGGUUCCGAAGGCCAUAGUGAAAAUCUCGGCACAAACGCCCAUCGCUGGUUUGACUUCCCGCGCCUCGGUGCUGACGCGGAUGUUUGUAAACCUUGUCGAAGAUGCACUGAAUGAAUAUUCAUUCUAUGCAAAGAUGGCGGAUGUAGGGUACAGUCUGGAUGAAACCAGCAGUGGUUUCACAUUAACAGUUGGCGGAUAUAACGAUAAAUUGCACAUACUAGCUGAGGCAGUGCUCAACAAGAUUAGACACCUCGAAAUUCGAAAAGACAGGUUCCGGGUUAUGUUAGAACGAAAUUUGCUUAGUUUGAAGAAUAUGAAAUUUGAAAGCCCGGAUACACUUUCUAUGCGUUACCUGACCUACCUCAGGGAUGAUCGUAUAUUCAGUAUUGAAGAUCGGGAAGAGGCGUUGAAAAGCAUUACUAUCGAAGAACUAUCUAAGCAUGCCAAAGCGUUGCUGUCCCAUCUGAGAUUUAAAGUUCUCGUCACCGGUAAUCUUCGAAGGGAGGAUGCUCUCAACAUUGCAUCUUUGGCAAAGAAAACAUUGCUUUCGAAACCGUUACCAGAAGCGGAGCUCCCGAAGAUGCGCACGCGUCUUCUUCCCAAAGGAUGCAAUUAUAUUUGGGAAAUGCCUUUAACUAAUGACAAGGAGACUAGCUCGAGUGUAUCAUAUUAUUGUCAUGUCGGUAACCUCUCCGACCCACACACCCGUGUAACGUGUUUUCUGCUCGCCCAUAUCUUAGAUGAGCCAGUAUUCGACAUUCUUCGAACGAAGGAACACCUUGGAUAUGCGGUUGGAUCUCUAGCUGUUCUGGGCACAGAGUCUAUUGGUUGGUGCCUGGUGAUACAGUCUGAGAUGGAUUUGAGCUACCUUGAAUCGCGCAUCGAGGCAUUUCUAAGGUAUAUGCGCAAGAUAAUCCGGGACAUAUCAAAUGAAACACUCGAGGGUCAUAAAACAGCUCUUGAGAAGGGCUGGAUGGAGAAAAUAAAGACGGUUCCCCAAGAGACAAAAAUGUUCUGGACAUUUAUCCAGAGCGGUUACUAUGACUUCCAGCAAAACGAGAAGGAUACAAAACUCCUCCAGAAUAUAUCACCGGCAGAAGUCCGUAAAAUGUUCAAAGAGAACUUUGAUCCAUCAUCGGAAACACGUAGCAAGCUCUCCAUCCACGUACGUUCCCAUGUUCGUCCUAGGGUCCAUGAAAAUCCGGCCUCUCCAAGUGUCAGUAGACAUGCAGCCCAGGAGCUCCUUAUUGUACUAAAGGAAGAAAAUGUCUCUGUAGAUGAAAUUGCCUUCAACACAAUUUGCAAAGUUGAACCACCUGUGUCUGAAAUCCAGGAAUUCUUGAAGGAAAAGUGCUUGAAUGAAAUGAUCAAAGGCAAUAAUGAGAGAGUCCAGGAACUAUUUAGGAAACUGGAUUUGCUUGUGGAGAAGUAUCCUGUAAAGCCUGCUCUGGAAGUUGAGCACAUACAGGAUGGGGACAAAUUCAGGCAUGGACUUGCUCUUUCUGGUACUGCAAAACCAGUUGAGAAACUUGAAACAGAAUAG